AUGUUCCCUUCUUCCUCCAAGAAGCAGGCGGCCAGCACUGGCGCGGCGAGCUCAAAUGAUCGGCCUACUACUAUGUGCGGGCAAGCCGGCGGCGACUCCGGCGGCCUCGUCCUCACCACCGACCCCAAGCCCCGCCUCCGGUGGACGCCCGAGCUCCAUGACCGCUUCGUCGAUGCCGUCGCCCAGCUCGGUGGCCCAGACAAGGCAACGCCAAAGACCAUCAUGAGGGUUAUGGGAGUCAAGGGCCUCACCCUCUACCAUCUCAAGAGUCACCUCCAGAAAUUCAGGCUAGGGAAGCAGCACAAGGAGUUCGGUGACCAUACAGCAAUGGAGAUGCAACGUAGCGUGGCCUCUUCUUCAGGCGUGAUAGCAAGAAGCAUGAACGACCGCAGCGUGAACGUGAACGAGGCACUAAGGAUCCAAAUGGAAGUCCAAAGAAGGCUCCAUGGAGAACUAGAGGUGCAGAAGCACCUCCAGAUGAGGGUUGAAGCCCAGGGGAAGUACAUGCAGUCCAUCGUGGAGAAAGCAUACCAAGCCCUGGGUUCCAGCGACUGCACCACGUGGCCCGCAGGGUACAGAUCUCUAGGCAGCAGCCAGGCGGUCCUUGACAUCGGCACCAGUUCCACGAGCUUCUCCUCCGUCCAGGACCUGCAGGGCUUCUAUGGAGGAAGCAGCCACAUGGACCAGCUCCUGCAUCAGAUGGAGAGGCCAAUGGAUGGCUUCCUGACGUUGGGCGAGAGCUGCUUCAUUGGGUCAGCAGACAACAAGAAGGGCCCUAACCAUUGCAGCUCCAGUGGCAAGAGCUCGAUGACGAUGUGGGCUAGCGAAGAGCAGCAGCAGCAGCAGGCAAAGAGCGGCAACGAUCAGCUCCAGAUGGGGUCGUCGUCGACGAGGAUGGAGGGUGCAGGCACUGAUGUAAUGGAUCCGGUCACCGGCCUGUACGAGGGUGCCAUAUCGGGAGACUCCAUGGACAGCAAGGGCUUUGAGGGUUCGAGCUCCAGGCUUAAGAUGAAGCCGCCUGCACAACAAGCACCUGUAGGAAGUCAGAGGAUACGUAUAUAGUCGUCCAAUGGUUUGGAGCGAGCUCACGUAAAGAAAUGUAUACUAUAUAUGGGUAAGAAAGAUCAAGCUAAUUAAGGUAUUUAAAUGCAUGUGUCAGUUUUGUUGUGAAAGCUUAGCGUGUGAGCGGAGUGUAGUACAUCCAGUCAUUAGUUUUAUUGGAUACAAGAUAUUAUGGAGAUCAAUGUGUGCGCGUCAAGCGUCAUAUAUAUGUUUGUUUAUUUUAGCCCUAAGAUUACCUGCUAUAUUCUGAUGAGGAUGGCUAGCUAAUAAGGUAAUCUAGUUUAACAUCUUACUGUUGGUCACUUGGUUUUGAGUUCAGAUCAAGUGAUAGCGCAUUUUAGUUGACAUUAACGAAAGUUUUCAGAUAUGUUUGUACUAUAAUGGAUUUGUGGAACACUGCUAGCUGUAACAUUGACCAGA